AUGGCUGAAGUGUGUGGGAGAAGCAGAGGAGGCCAAAGCGCAUGUCUUGCCGGGCUCUCAGGUCCGCAGCAUCCUGCGUCCGCAGCAGCAUCCUCCCAGGCCCUCCCCCUCCCCCCGUGUGCGGAUGGUACGCUCCGGUAAGCCUGGCCGGGUUGCAGUGGAUGUUGCUAGAAUCCACGCGGAGGAAAGAAGAGACGCAGGCAGGCUGCGGUGACCCAAGCGGCUACCCCCGCUUCAGGGACUCCUUCCUCGAGAGACGACAUCAUGACCCAGGGAAAGCUCUCUGUGGCUAACAAGGCCCCCGGGACUGAGGGGCAGCAGCAUCAGGCAAAUGGAGAGAAGAAGGAUGCUCCGGCAGUGCCCUCGGCACCACCCUCCUAUGAGGAGGCCACCUCUGGAGAGGGACUGAAGGCAGGGACCUUCCCCCAGGGCCCAACAGCUGUGCCACUCCAUCCAAGCUGGGCCUACGUGGACCCCAGCGGCAGCUCCGGCUAUGAAGGUGGUUUCCCCGCAGGACACGAGCAUUUCACCACCUUCAGCUGGGAUGACCAGAAAGUUCGCCGGCUCUUCAUCAGAAAGGUCUAUACCAUCCUGUUGGUCCAGCUGCUGGUGACCUUGGCUGUGGUGGCUCUCUUUACCUUCUGUGACGUCGUUAAGGACUAUGUCCAGGCCAACCCAGGCUGGUACUGGGCAUCCUAUGCCGUGUUCUUUGCAACUUACCUGACUCUGGCUUGCUGUUCUGGACCCAGGAGACACUUCCCUUGGAACCUGAUUCUGCUGACCAUCUUUACCCUGUCCAUGGCCUACCUCACUGGGAUGCUAUCCAGUUACUACAACACCACGUCUGUGCUGCUGUGCCUGGUCAUCACGGCUCUCGUCUGCCUCUCGGUCACCAUCUUCAGUUUCCAGACCAAGUUUGACUUCACCUCCUGUCACGGUGUGCUGUUUGUGCUGUUCAUGACCCUCUUCUUCAGUGGACUCCUCCUCGCUGUCCUCCUGCCCUUCCAAUACGUCCCCUGGCUCCAUGCGGUCUAUGCUGUACUGGGAGCGGGUGUGUUCACGUUGUUCCUGGCCUUCGAUACCCAGUUGCUGAUGGGUAACCGUCGACACUCGCUGAGCCCCGAGGAGUAUAUUUUUGGAGCCCUCAACAUCUACUUAGACAUUAUCUAUAUCUUCACCUUCUUCCUGCAGCUUUUUGGCACCAACCGGGAAUGAGGAGCCCUCCCCCCCCACCCCCUCCUCCAGAGAAUGUCCCUUCCCUGUCCUGUGACCCUCUCCGUGCUCCUUCAAGACCAGACAUAAACUCUGCUGCAGCCAGCUUGUGAGCAGCCGCUCCCUCCUGCAGCCAGCCCUCACGUUGUCCUUCUGCAGCUUGUACAUAUAUGCCAUGCUUGGGGCCCUGCAGAUCUGAGGCCACGCCAUCCCCUGCGGUGCCCCUGGCACCCGACUGCAUCUUCCAAAUGGCCCAGUCGAGGCUGAGGGCACCUCUGGGUUUGCAGACCCAAGGAAUGAGCAGGAGGAGCCCGGCAGGAUCUCAGAGGUGGGGAGGAGACCCCAGGAAACCUGGCUGAGACCGUGACCGCCACCAAGUCUUCUAGGGCUCCAUCUUCUCUUUCAGGUCAAACAACCAUGCUUUGUAAGAAAAAAAAAUAGCCCAGGGGGCACGGCUGGAACAUGAGGUCAGGGCUCUGUGGCGUGGGGAGAAGCUGUCCCCGGUUGUCCCUCCCUCAGCUGUAGGCCAGUUGCUUGUUCUAGGGACCUGGGAAUAUAAAGAGAGUAGGAAGCCAGUGGUUUCGCUACUUGCCUCAGCUUCUCCUCCUGGGUCAUCCGGGUCAUAGAACAGGGAGGGGGACGUGCUAAGCCCAGCCUGAGCUCCCAGGAGAAGUUGCGAGGGCUGAACUGGGGGCUGUCAAUCAAAUCACAUCCACUGGAAAGGCAUGUAUGACCGUGGGGUUAGAACCCCAUAUCUCUCUCUCUCUCUCUCUCUCUCUCUCUCUCCACUCUGUGCCAUUCCCACAGGCCUGCAGGGGAGGUGGGGUAGGAGGUCUGGUGUGGAGGUGGUUCUGUCUGCUGGCCUAGCCCUUGCAGGGCUGUCCUUCGGGCCCUUCUACAGGUAUCCCUAGGUCUCCCCUGUCUUCUGCCGCACUCUGUCUUAUCCCCAGCCAGGCCUCCUGAGGCCUGAAGAGUAGAGGCAUCCAUUUCCCUCCCCCAGCUUCCCUGGCCACUCAGCCCAGAGUCCCUGGGCCCUUGCCCCCUUAUCUCCACAUCUCUGUAAUUUGGAAGCUGUCCAGCUAAUGGUCACAGCCAGGGCCGGUCCCUUGAGCCUAUCCCGUGCGAUGAGGCCAGAGCUCCUUAUCAACCUCCAGGCUGCUGGGAUCUCAGGCUGAGUGUGCGUCAGCCACCCUGCCCUGGCUGACUGCCUGCUGGAGAGGGGACCAGGGGCCCACACCUGGGGCAGCAUGCGGGCGACACAUGCACCCAGCCAGCUCUAGGCCAGUGGAAAGUUACUGGGUGAAGGCUACAAGGCUGUGAGUAGAUGCAGGGGACCCUGUCUGCCCCAGGAAAAGUGACUAGGUAGCCCAUCCAUUCCCACCCCUGCCCCUCCCCACCCUGUCUACUCUAGCCUUCGAGAAAUAUUACAGAAGCAUUUGAAAUUUUGUUCUAUCUUGGAUAUUUGAGGAGAGAGGUGCUGGUCUAAAUAAGCCUACUGCAGCAGUCCUGACUGGCCCUGCAGGGUUAUCGGCAUAUCCCCAUUUCAGAGGCAAAGCCAAGUAGCUCUGAAAGGCUUGGAUAAAUCCACUGUCGUCUAAUAAACCCGAGGGACAGCCCACAGCUACUUCCUCCAGUCUGAGUCUGGGCUGGAUUGAGACUUGUGUAGCCCAUAGGUGUGUGGGUGAACAAGCACUGACAUCUCUGGGGAGUUGUGACACCCCCCACCUGCCACUGUCACCUGGCUAGCCUGGCAUGCGGAGAUGCCAAACUCUUAGCUUUUCCCUCCUUGAAGUCAGCUGGGAGGCAGGAUUUCUUCCUGGCUUCUGGUUCUGACCUCCCUGCCAACAGACUUAUGACUGUCUGUGACUCUGUUUUCCUAUCUGCAAGAUGGAAGUUCCCAACCAGUGCCACUGGGGCAGGGAGAGGCACCAAGACACUUGGCUGACUUCCUCAUCUGCUUGCUCCCCUUUGAGUGCCUCUCCUAAUCUCUAGCUUCAGUUCUAGAAAGGUUUAAAGCCCCUCCCCCACUGACAUGUCACCCUCACACUGGCCAGUUUCCCAGAAUCCACUUGUCCAAGUCCUCUUCUGAGACAAUUUAUGCAGAGACUGAGGAUUGAGAAAUUUUUCCAAGGCGAAGUUCCAAAAACCAUUGGGGGAAGGGCAAGCCCUCAGCCACAAAUAAUGUGACCGGGGCACAAGUCACAGUGAUCUCAAAGAUGGCUGGUAAAGGUGGGGAGGCCCGGCAGCUACCCAGCACACGGCCAGCCGAACUGGCUCCAGGGCCUGAGAAAGCCUUGAUGUCGACCCCUGGUGGGGCAGUAAGGAGUCCCAGGAACACCUGGGUGGGUCUUGGCAGGAGGAAGGGCAGGGGAAACAAGAAUGCAGGAUUAUGUGGAAUGCGGGGAUUAUGAGAAACCUAAGCUGGGCAGGUGCGGCAAGCUGUGUAGGAGGAAGCACUGGCCCCCCCGCAUUUUUAGCUUGGGUGGUGCCGGUCAUAGGUCCCUAUGACGGGGUUUCAUAAGGCUUGAGGGAGCCAGGAAUAUCUGAUGUGAUGCUCAAAGCCCUCUGAGGAACCAUGACAGACCAGGAGGUGCCCUCCAAGGCUCAAGAUGGGACGAAGUAGGGACAUUAAGUCCCUCAUUCCGCACACCAGUUCCUGGAUCCAUGCACAGCUCUUUCAGUAUAGCCCAAGGAAGCAAAAGACUUCCUUGGGUGUGGUAUGGUUCUUUCAUUCCAUACCCUUUCUUCUGUGUGAGCCUGCAGAAUCCCUCAAGUACCCUAGUCCAAGGGGGGGGGGGGGUGUCAAGUUGGGAAUUUUUCACAAGGACUUUGCUGCCCCCUUCUGGCUGUUAGAGGAAAAGCAGAGUCUGGCUUUGCACAAACCCAUCUCUUCUCACUCAGUCCCCCGCCCUGAGUGUCAUAGGAUGGAGAUAUAGCACCAGGCACAAGGACUCACCUGCUACACACCCAGACAGGGCUGCCCUUUUGGCAUCAGCUCCUCGAGUUCCCUAUAAUCUCUUCCGUGUGCCUGUCUCUGGCCUCACCUGCCCAAGAUCUGUGACUGAUUGGAAAUAAUAAAAGCACUUACUAAGACA